GGAAGGAAGAUCUUGCUGACAAAAACUGGCUUCACAGAAGACAGUGAAUCCCAGCUUUGAAGGCUUUCUAGCAAACGCCACGGCACAAAUGGGCCUCCACAGCACUAAACACUCCAAAGCUAAGCAAGCUAAUAUACUGAUGCUAGGACUCGAUUCUGCAGGAAAAUCUACGCUCUUGUAUAAGUUCAAGUAUAACGAUGUUUUUCUAACGAUUCCAACAAUUGGCUUUAAUGUUGAUAUGAUUGAAAUCGGGAAAGAUUUUACAGUGACGUUUUGGGAUGUUGGAGGACAACAGAAAAUGAGACAGGUUUGGUGCAAUUUCCUGGAAAACACAGACGGACUGCUGUACGUCGUGGACAGCUCAGAUAAGCAACGUCUGGAAGAAUCAAAGAAAGAAUUUGAACUCAUUUUAAAGAAUGAAUUUAUUAAAAGCGUACCAGUCGUCGUGCUAGCAAACAAGCAGGAUUUGCCUGGAGCUUUGAACGCUGAGGAAAUAACGAGGAGAUUCAACAUGAAGAAGUAUUGCAGUGACAGAAAUUGGUAUGUACAACCCUGUUGUGCCGUCACAGGAGAAGGUCUGUCAGAAGCUCUCCAAAGACUAACCACAUUUGCAAAACACUUCAGCAGAUCAAAGGAGACUUUUACAAUCUUUAAGGAAAUCGAAACACUCUAA